AUGUCAAAUCCACUCUCGCCCCUCUCAUCCUCCUACCAGAACGCGCGCACACAAUCUCAGAUGGCGAAUUCUUCGCCCUUCCUUCACAAGACCCUUGACCAGCCCUUGGAACAUGUUGUUCCCUCAAGCCCAUUGAAGAGAGGAUGGACAAGCCACGCCGCCCCGAGUCCGAAUGCCUAUGAUGAAAACGAAACCUACUACCCUAACGAACCCGAGAACGAGAAUGAACACGCGAAUGAUGAUUUCAAUGAUGCCGAAUCAUAUCAACACGGUGCCAGCUCACCAUUUCAGUUCGAUGGACGCGAAGACACCGUAGAUUUCCAGAAGCUGCGCGAAAUGCGACAGACCUCGUCCCAAUCACACCCACAACUUGAACCGCUAGAGGAGGAGAGCCCCGUAAGCUCUCCAUUCCGUCCACAUGCGACAAAGGAUACAGUUGAUUUUAGAGAGUUGCGCGAGGUGGAGCCCAUGUCUCCUGGCUUGGACAGGCGGCUGGCUCUAGGGGAGCCAAUGAGCUCUCCCUUCCGUCCUAAUGCCAGUGAAGAUACAGUGGAUUUCCAAAAUAUGCACGAAGAGCAGCAGUCGUCUCCUCUGCCAUACCCACAGCUUGAGCCAUUGGAGGAGGAGAGCGCCCGAAGUUCCCCGUUCCGACCUCAUGUCCGAGAAGAGACAGUGGGGUUUGAAAAACUGCGCGAGGUCCAGCCUAUGUCUCCUGGGUUGGGAAGGCGGCUAGCUCUAGAGGAUCCGGAGAGCUCCCCAUUCCGUCCUGAUGCGCGGGAAGAGACGGUUGACUUUGAUCGCUUGCGUGAAAUGCAGAAUGACUCGCCAAUUCCUAAAGCGCGGCCAUUGCCCGAUCCCGCUAGUUCGCCUUUCCGCCAUGAGGCAAGAAACGUGACAUCCGAUCCAUCAGAACUACAUGAGAUGCAGCAAGACCCACCAAUAGUGUCUAAGUAUUCUUUGCCUGCUGUGACACCGAACUCGCCCAUCCGCCCUGGAGCACCAGAGACCGCUGAUUCACCGAAGCUGCGUGGGUUGAAGCCAGACUCACCGGCGGCAUCUAAGCGUUCAUCCUUUGCUGCGGAAUCGAGCUUGCCCGUCCGCGACGAAGCACCAAAGACAGUUGAUUCUCCCAGGGUAGAUGCGCAUGCGGAGUCACCGGUAGCAUCCAACUCCUCUUCCCCUAUCCCAGUACCUACUUCGUCCUUCCGGCCAAGCCCCAAAGAAAACACCCUUGAUCUUCAUAAGUCGCGCCGCAUUUCUCGUGCAUCCCUUGGGCCGAGUGACCAGCGCUCAAUUGCAGCAACUCCCCGUAAAAGAUCUUACGACCAAACACCCCAGGAUCUAGAGGACGAUUUACAGAUGAACGAGCGCCAUAAGAAGGGUAUGGUGAGCCGACCAGAUGCACCAACAAUUCACAUCGAUGUCGAAGAGGACCCCAGUGUACUCCAUGACCAGAGCGUCAUUUCCGCUGCGAGUGCCGUGCACGACCGAUCAGCAAUUGGCAAUAGCAUGAUAGAGGACAGACACAACGAAGGAAUGAGCACAGUACUGCAUGAAGAUGGCGACAAAGAGAAUAUUUCAUACGAGAAUUCGAUGGUCGACGACUCAAUGGAUGACACUUGCUUGAGCACAUUUUCCGCCAUGCCUGAUAUGACUACAUUUGCGAAGCUCCGCGCCCAGUCGCCGAUGAAGUCAAUGCGAGGCAGUGUUGCCCCCAGUCCAGCUCCCGCUGUGAACGGGCAUCGACACAGUGUUGAUCCGAAUACCCCGGGCACAGGGGGCAGGGCAUACAGAGCUAGUGCCUAUCUAGAUGGAAAUUCGCCUAUGGGAUCGCCUACACCGAGACCCAGAGGCCCUCGGGACAUGGCUCAUCCAGUUGACUCUGCCAAUCUGCUUGAUUUCACUGAUCAAAUGAACUUCUUCCCUCGUCAGUCCAUGCAAAGUGCCCGUUUCUCCCCCUCACGGCGUUCGCCUAUGCGAUCGGCCCGGCAAUCCAUUCGAUCUCCCGGGAAGAUGUCAUCACUGUUGGACUUUGAUAUUCCGGCUGCGCCUCCCCUCGAUCCAUUCCCACGGUCACCCCCCUCCGGCUUCUUGUCUGACAUAUCUUCGCUCAAAGCCACUCUCAGCGGCAAAGAGGCUGAGGUUGCAAGCUUAAAGCAAGCAGUGGCGGACGCGGAGAGACGUGUCGGCGAAGCUCUGGAAGAAGUACGCAACGAAGCCGCCGGCAAAGAGGUGCUGGAGAUGGAACAGGCCGAGUGGGAACGUCGAGUCAAUGAGAUGGAAACUGUUCUCCGGUCCGCCCGCUCCGAAUUAGUGGAGGGAGAGCGUGAGCGUGACCGCCUGUCUCGAAAGGCCGAAGAGGCCGAAAAAAGCAAGGAGAAUUUAGAAGGCAAAGUUGUCGAGCUCGAAAGCCAGCUUUCCGCUGCGCGCGCUGCGGCUGCGUCUAGCACUAGUAAAGCUAGCUCAUCUCAUCAGUCUUCCCACUCGGCUGAAGACACUGCUCGAGAAGUUCAGGAUGCCGUUGAAAAGGUCGCUCGCGAGCUUCAUGUGCUCUAUAAGGGCAAGCAUGAGACUAAGGUUGCGGCCUUGAAAAAGAGCUACGAGUCUCGGUGGGAGAAGCGUUUGCGUGAGGCGGAGAAGAAGCUCACUGCUGCACGCGAGGAAAACGAACAUCUCCGUGUCGAACGUGACACUGCGCAAUCUGAUUCAAUGGCCGCGGCUAACACCAGUCUCUUCGCUCGCGAGAAUGACGAGCACGAGGCCGAAAAGCGUGUCAUGGAAGCCCAGAUCAAGGGUCUGCAGCGAGAAAUGGUUGCUCUGAAGGACGAUACCGAGCGAAUUCGUGCAAACCUGGAGACUGAACGCGCCGAGAAGGGCGAGCUUGUUGCUGCUGUUGACGAAUGGCUAGCCAUGCAGCAGGCGCCCGCCCCAUCUCAGCCUCGAGACCGCGAGCCCUCUGUGGCAUCUUCUGUGCACAAUGACCACAUUGACGAGCCAGCUCAGCCCUCUCGUGAAGUCACCCCCGAUGACUUCCGUCGCAGUGUCAGUCGUUCUGUGUCUGGAAGCAUCCGUCCCCCUGCCACUACGGAAAAGAGAAUCCCUAGAUUCGGUGCUCCUGGCGGUCAUUCUCGUGGUAAUAGCGGUGGCAGAUCUGGCAUUGCAAUGCCUACUCCCGGUCGUGGCGGGAUCAUGAGUUCAAUUGAGAGGAUGGGCCGUGGUGGCGUUUAG